AUGCGGGAUGCCAUUGUCCAGGCCGAGCUGCUCAUCACACGCACCCUGGGCUUCGAUCUUAACAUAGAUCUGGCCCACAAGUACUUACUCUACUACAUGAAGACUCUACAAGACUGGGUGGGUCCCGAGGUGUGGAACUCGGUGCCCAUUGCCAAGGCGGCUGCCUCCUAUCUGCAGGACUUUCACCACAGCGCCAAUAUCCUCAAGUACAAGCCCACCCAUGUGGCCAUCGGUUGUUUGUCACUGGCCCUCCAGACUUAUGGCAUCCAGGUGCCGCUCACCGACGAGUCCGACGAAUCGGCCAUGUGGUACAAGCCCCUGGUCAAGGACUUCACCCGCGAGAACCAGUGGGAGAUCAUCGAGAACGUGAUCGAGGUGUACAAGCAUGAGGCCUUCCUGAAGGCCGCCUAA